AUGCGGAUAAUUCUUGUCGCCGCCGUUGUCCUCCAGUGUGCGUACGCGAUUCGCUUCAAUGUGCCACCAAACGGGAAACAAUGUCUCAAAGAGGAGAUUCACAAGAACAUUGUCGUCACCGGCGAGUAUGAAGUGACGGAAGGUGUUGGAUAUUCGCAAAGUAUUCAUGUGACCGACACUCGUGGACACACUUUGUACAAACGAGAAAACUUUCAUGAUGUUAAAGGAAAAUUCGCGUUCACCACUGAAGAAUACGACAUUUUUGAAAUUUGCGUCAGCAAUCAUGCACCACAAAAUCAAGUUGGAGAGAAACGAGAGGUUUCGUUGAUCAUGAAGCACGGAGUGGAGGCGAAAAAUUACGAGGAACUAGCUAAAGCUGAGAAAUUAAAGCCACUUGAGGUUGAGCUUCGACGAUUGGAGGAUCUUUCUGAUGCCAUUGUGAAAGAUUUUGCUUUCAUGCGCCAACGCGAGGAAGAGAUGCGAAACACAAAUGAAUCAACAAACUCUCGAGUGCUCUAUCUCUCCAUCUUCUCGAUGCUCUGUUUGCUGGGUCUUGCUAUGUGGCAGGUUCUCUUCCUUCGCAACUACUUCAAAGCCAAGAAACUCAUCGAG